AUACAAAGCUUAAACCAUGCACUAAAAACAUCCACAUUCACUUAACCCCAUACACUGCCGGAAAAAAUCAUGGCCACCAUCAUAACGCAAGCUGCCGCCGCUGUUUUCCAGCCAUGUGGAUCGAAAACACGCUUCCUAACCGGUUCUUCCGGUAAGUUAAUCCGAGAAGUGUCAUUUAAACCAAUGGCUUAUCCAUCAACUAGCUCAUUUAAAGUUGAAGCCAAGAAAGGGGAGUGGUUGCCUGGACUUCCUUCACCAGCUUACCUCAAUGGCAGUCUUGCAGGUGAUAAUGGGUUUGAUCCUCUUGGAUUGGCUGAGGACCCUGAGAACUUGAAAUGGUAUGUGCAAGCUGAGCUUGUAAACGGGCGUUGGGCUAUGUUGGGUGUUGCAGGGAUGCUUUUGCCUGAAGUUUUCACCAAGUUUGGGAUAAUCAAUGCUCCUCAGUGGUAUGAUGCCGGGAAAGCCGAAUACUUUGCAUCGUCAUCGACCCUCUUCGUUAUCGAGUUCAUUUUGUUCCACUAUGUGGAGAUCAGAAGGUGGCAGGACAUCAAGAACCCUGGUUGUGUGAACCAGGACCCUAUCUUUAAGCAAUACAGCUUGCCCCCCAACGAAUGUGGCUACCCUGGUGGCAUCUUCAACCCCCUCAACUUUGCCCCUACACUUGAAGCCAAAGAAAAGGAGCUUGCCAAUGGGAGAUUGGCAAUGUUGGCAUUCUUGGGGUUUAUAAUUCAACACAAUGCGACUGGGAAAGGACCAUUUGAGAACCUGUUGCAGCAUCUCUCAGAUCCAUGGCACAACACCAUCAUCAACACAAUCAGGGGUUACUAAGAAAUGGAUUUGAGGUUGGAGUUGUAGAUCAAUGUCCCUUGGUUUUUGCAUAACUUAAGUGAAAUUUAAGGCAUAUUAAAUGUAAAACAAGAAACUUUCAAUGUACAGUGGAACUUCAGAUUGCAUCUA